CAGCGAUAAAAGCGGAGGGAGUGGUAAACGGCCCACUGAGAGAGUGUGUGACUGUGUCCUUGGAAGAGGGAAAGGGGGGAAGAACUCGCUCGCCUCCUGUUCCUGAGUCGGAGAUGCCUCGCUCUGCCACUCAACGCGCUUGGCUUCCUCCUCUCGGUGCCCUCCUCCUCCUCCUCCUCCUCUUCGCUCGGCGUGCUGCAGCUGCACUAGAAGAUGGUUUGGUUAACAACGGGGCCUUCGAGACGGUGCCAGCAGGCGGGGCCUCCGGUAGCGGCCUGGGGGAAGGUGUCGCUUCCCUGCCCGGGUGGACCAUCAAUGGCACGGUGGAGCUGGUGGAGUCUGGGCAAAAGCAAGGUGGCAUGAUACUUAUAGUCCCCGAAGGGGUUCACGCGGUGCGGCUGGGGAACGACGCGGAAAUAUCGCAGGAGCUGCAGCUGGAGAAGGGGUCGACGUACGCGGUGACGUUCAGCGCGGCGCGGACGUGCGCGCAGCUGGAGUCGCUGAACGUGUCAGUGUGGCCGGCGACGCAGACGGUGGACCUGCAGACGCUCUACAGCGUCGAGGGGUGGGACGCCUACGCCUGGGCGUUCCAGGCGCAGGCCGAGGACGGGGCGGUGUCGAAGCUCAGCUUCAAGAACCCGGGCAUGGAGGACGACCCCACCUGCGGCCCCAUCAUCGACAACAUCGCCAUCAAGAAACUCUUCACUCCCGAUCGACCCGAAGACAACGCCGUCGUGAAUGGCGACUUCGAGGAAGGCCCAUGGAUGUUCCCCAAUGCGAGCCUCGGGGUCCUCCUCCCCACGAACCUCGACGAGGAGACGUCCGCCCUCUCCGGCUGGAUGGUUGAGUCCAACCGCGCCGUGCGCUACGUCGACUCCUACCACUUCGACGUCCCCCAGGGGAAGCGCGCCAUCGAGCUGUUAUCCGGCAAGGAAGGGAUCAUCUCCCAGAUGGUGGAGACCACCCCUGAAAAGCAGUACAAUCUUACCUUCACGGUAGGUGCCGCCGGCGACUCGUGCCAGACGCCUCUGGCGGUGAUGGCCUUCGCCGGGGACCAGGCGCAGAACUUCCACUACUCGCCCACGGGCAACGCCACCCACCAGCCGGCCAACAUCACCUUCACGGCGCGGGCCGAGCGGACGCGCAUCGCCUUCUACAGCGUGUACUACAACACGAGGAGCGACGAUCGGAGUUCGCUCUGCGGGCCGGUGGUCGACGAGGUGAGGGUGUGGGGGAUCUCCGGAUCGCCGGCCGUGAAGUCCAGUUGGAUUGCGUCUCUCCUAGGUCUGGUCGUGGCAGUCAUUAUGGUUGUGGCCUGAAGCCCAAAGGCUCUCCUGCCAUGUGUUUGAGGUAAUUACUACGUUUUCGUGUGCGAUGCUGCGAGGUUAUCUGAAGGUGACGUCUUUGGAGGUAGCACAAAGGGCACAAGUUUGCAACCUGCUUCUUAGUUUUGCUUUUACUGAUGAUAGUAUUAUUAUGGAUAGUAUGAAGGUCUGGAGAAACCAUUUCUUCCAACUGUAAUGUCAUUAUAUAUUUGCAGCCAUUAUAAUAUGAAAUGGUUUUGUUCGUGGAAGCUUGUCACGAACCUGGGCA